UGAAAUGAAUGACCGGAAACGUGUGUUAGCUCCUGCUAGCUUUAUGCUAACCGCUCAGUUUGAUCUGCAGACUGACGCUGCGGCAGAUCCAGACGAACCCGUCCUGCUGUGCGCCAUUUAACCGUCGGAACCGGUAUAAACCGGACUUUGGGUUAACCUGCUCGUGGACCGAGUCAGAACUCUCACGCGCACACUCACACAGCGGCACCGAACUGAAGGUUAGCUGUUAGCCUGUUAGCCGUGGGGCUAAUCCAGGGGAAGAAUGGACCUGUUCGACGACCUGCCAGAACCGACACAGACUUCCGCUCCAUCAGCCGGUUCCGUCACGGUUCCGCCGCCGCGGACCGCGGAGGAGGAAGAGGAGGAGGCCAGAAGGUUAAAACGGAGGCAAGAGGAGGAAGAGGAGGAGGAGACGAAGGAUGCCAUCAAGAAAGUUUGUAGAGAAGGUCUGCCCAGGCUCAAGGGCUACGUGGCAGCGAGGCGGGGGGAGCGAGACGAGAUGCAGGACGCCCACGUUCUGCUGCCCGACAUGAGCAGCUGCCUGUCGUCGCUGCCGGGACACGUGUCUCGCGUCUCGUAUUUCGCCGUGUUCGACGGUCACGGCGGCGCUCGGGCGUCUCGAUUCGCCGCUGAGAACCUUCACCUGAACCUGGCCAAGAGGUUCCCCACAGGGUACAACGAGAAUCUGGACAGGCUGCUGAAGAAGUGUCUCCUGGACACGUUCCGGCAGACAGACGAAGACUUCCUGAAGAAAGCGUCCAGCCAGAAGCCGGCCUGGAAGGACGGUUCUACGGCCACCUGUGUUCUGGUGGUGGACGACACGGUGUACGCUGCCAGCCUGGGGGACAGCAGGGCGGUUCUGUGUCGGCUGGAGGCGGCGGUCGCAGACGGGCAGAAGAAGUCGGUCACUCUGGCUCUCAGUAAGGAACACAACCCGACCAUCUAUGAGGAGCGGAUGAGGAUCCAGAGAGCGGGAGGCACCGUCAGGGACGGGCGUGUGCUCGGCGUCCUCGAGGUGUCCCGGUCCAUCGGAGACGGUCAGUACAAACGCUGCGGAGUUAUUUCAACGCCCGACGUGAGGAGGUGUCAGCUCACAGCCAAUGACAGGUUCAUCCUCCUGGCCUGUGACGGUUUGUUCAAAGUGUUUUCAGCCGAUGAAGCCGUCAAGUUUGUGCUCAGUGUCCUCCAGGAGGCCAGCGUGGAGCAGAGGGAGGAUGUGACGGAGGAGGAGCUUCGUUUUGAGGCUGCGUGUCAGCAGUUAGCCAGCGAGGCGGUGAAGCGAGGCUGCGCCGACAACGUCACCGUCAUCCUGGUUUCCAUCUGCCACUGAGCGCGCUCAGAAGCGUCGUCAUCGCCCCGAUACGUCUGCAUGUCUCCUUUGGUUUAUAAUAAAAUCUUUUUCUUUA